GGGCUGGCGGCGCGGGGAGGGGAGGGGCGGGCGGGAGCGUGGCGGAGGAGAGGGCAGGCAGCGGCGGGAAGGCGGGAGCGGGGCUGCCCCGGUGCCCGCCCCGCGCGGGGGGCCGGCCCCUGAGUGCAUGCGGGGCGCCCCGCCGGGCCGCCGCCGGCCCGCCGCCGCCCGCCGCCCCUGAGAGACCGGCGGGGAGAAAGUUGCGGCGGUCGCCCACAUGCGCGGCCCCGGCCGGCGGCUUGGGGAACGGCGCCGAGCGGAGGUGGGCGAAGAGAGUUUGAAGCGCUCGCCGGCGGGAAGAUGGCGGAGCGGAGCUGAGAGCGGCGCCCGGCGAGCUCGGGGCGCCCCCGCCUUCCUCCGCAGCCCCCCGGACCCCCGCCGGACACAUGCAGGCCAAAAAACGCUACCUGACGCUGCUCUCUGCCGGCACCUGUCUCGUCCUGCUGCUCUACCUGGGAGGCGUGUGGCUGCGGGCGGCACGGCGAACGCCGCCCGGUAGCCGGCAUGGCCCGCGCCCCGGCGCCGAGCGGCCCUGGCCCCGCUUCCCCGACGCCCUGCGGCCCUUCGCACCGGCCGAGCGGCCGGGCCCCGAGGGCGGCGGCGGGCGCGUCUCCCCUCGGCAGCGGCGGGACGCCAGCGCCGGCCUCUACCGCGGGCGCCGCUGCCGCAUGGAGUCCUGCUUCGACUUCUCCCAGUGCCGGAAAAACGGCUUCAAGGUCUACGUGUACCCGCAGCAGAAGGGGGAGAAGAUCGCCGAGAGCUACCAGAACGUCCUGGCCGCCAUCGAGGGCUCCCGCUUCUACACCUCCGACCCCGGGCAGGCCUGCCUCUUCGUCCUCAGCCUGGACACGCUGGACCGGGACCAGCUCUCCCCCCAGUACGUCCACAACCUGCGCUCCAAGGUGCAGAGCCUCCACCUGUGGAACAACGGCAGAAACCACCUGAUUUUUAAUUUAUACUCCGGCACCUGGCCCGACUACACCGAGGAUGUAGGGUUCGACAUCGGCCAGGCCAUGCUGGCCAAAGCCAGCAUCAGUACUGAAAACUUCAGACCCAACUUUGACGUUUCUAUCCCGCUCUUUUCUAAGGAUCAUCCUAGGACAGGAGGGGAGAAGGGAUUUUUGAGGUUUAACACCAUCCCUCCUCUCAGGAAGUACAUGUUGGUAUUCAAGGGGAAAAGGUACCUGACGGGGAUAGGGUCAGACACCAGGAAUGCCUUAUAUCACGUCCAUAACGGUGAGGAUGUUGUCCUCUUGACCACCUGCAAGCAUGGCAAAGACUGGCAAAAGCACAAGGAUUCGCGCUGUGAUCGAGACAACGCCGAGUAUGAAAAGUAUGAUUACCGUGAAAUGCUGCACAAUGCCACUUUCUGUCUGGUUCCCCGUGGCCGCAGGCUUGGCUCUUUCAGGUUUCUGGAAGCCUUGCAGGCUGCCUGUGUCCCGGUUAUGCUCAGCAACGGAUGGGAGUUGCCGUUCUCGGAAGUGAUUGAUUGGAACCAAGCUGCCGUCAUAGGCGAUGAGAGAUUGUUAUUACAGAUUCCUUCUACAAUCAGGUCUAUCCAUCAGGAUAAAAUCCUAGCACUUAGACAGCAGACACAGUUCUUGUGGGAGGCUUAUUUUUCUUCAGUUGAGAAGAUUGUAUUGACUACACUAGAGAUUAUUCAGGACAGAAUAUUUAAGCACAUAUCACGUAACAGCUUAAUAUGGAACAAGCAUCCUGGAGGGUUAUUUGUACUGCCACAGUAUUCCUCAUAUCUGGGAGAUUUUCCUUACUACUAUGCUAAUCUCGGUCUGAAGCCUCUUUCCACAUUCACUGCCGUUAUCCACGCAGUUACUCCCCUGGUUUCCCAAUCUCAGCCUGUGCUGAAACUCCUGGUUGCUGUAGCCAAGUCCCAGUACUGUGCACAGAUUAUUGUUUUAUGGAAUUGUGAUAAACCCCUCCCAGCCAAACACCGCUGGCCUGCCACUUCUGUGCCUGUCAUAGUCAUUGAAGGAGAGAGCAAGGUUAUGAGCAGUCGCUUCCUACCCUACGACAACAUAGUGACAGAUGCAGUGCUAAGCCUGGAUGAGGACACCGUGCUUUCAACCACUGAGGUGGAUUUUGCCUUUACAGUUUGGCAGAGUUUUCCAGAGAGGAUUGUAGGGUACCCUGCUCGCAGUCACUUCUGGGACAACACUAAGGAGAGGUGGGGGUAUACCUCCAAAUGGACUAAUGACUAUUCCAUGGUAUUGACAGGAGCUGCUAUUUACCACAAAUAUUAUCACUACCUGUACACUCAUUACCUGCCUGCCAGCCUAAAGAAUAUGGUGGACCAACUGGCCAAUUGUGAGGACAUUCUAAUGAAUUUUUUGGUGUCAGCUGUGACAAAAUUGCCUCCAAUCAAAGUAACACAGAAAAAACAGUAUAAGGAGACCAUGAUGGGACAGACAUCCCGGGCCUCGCGCUGGGCCGACCCCGACCACUUUGCCCAGCGGCAGAGCUGCAUGAACACUUUUGCCAGCUGGUUUGGCUAUAUGCCGCUGAUCCACUCGCAGAUGAGGCUCGACCCUGUCCUCUUUAAAGACCAGGUCUCCAUCCUGAGGAAGAAGUACCGAGACAUCGAACGACUCUGAGGAGCGCUGCUGAGGGGUCCGAGCCGCCCCGCGCGCCCACCAGCGCAUGGAGCCAGACUGUGCCAGCGACAGCCAGCGCCCGGCCCCGGCGAGCGGCAUGCCAGAAUGCCGGAAUGCUGGAAUCCCGGGAUGCCGGGGUGCGCUGCUCCGGACUGUGCCCAGCCACCCGGCAGGCUUCUGCCGCUCGAGACUAGGUCGUGUACAGUUUCAUUAUGGAACAUUAAAUAAUUAUUUUUGAAAUGAUUGCUAUGCAGGUUUAAACUUUUUUAAUGAUCAAAAAAAAAAAAACCCUAUUAAAAACAGAGUUCUUUCUUUAAUCAACAUUGUGUUGGGUGUGAGUAUUUCAAAGCUGCCGUUUCUUUCUUUCAUGCAUUUGAUUGUCAAUGCAAUUUUCGUUCAUUUUCCCCUGCACAGUUAAACGCUUGAAUCUCAUGGGGAGAAAAUGCAGCGGGUUCAGGAACAAGCUGAGCACAAGCAGGACAGAACCAAGAAUUAUUGUUCUCAUUUACUGCUGACUUUUUAAUUUCCUUUCCUGUUUUCCCCAAGCCAGUAGCAGAACUCCUUUGGAGAACCCCCAGCAAGACAGAUGAGAGCAUAGAACUUUCUGGCUGGGGACCUGGGGACCUCGUUUUUAAAGGCAGUCAGCCUUGCCAUGUAGGGAGAGAAGAACACUACUUCCGAGGAGCAAGCUGCAGGAGCAAGCAGGUGACGUGGAACACAGGGAGGCUUCAGUCACAGCAGGUUGUGUAUCCUGGUAGCAGAGGCACAUGCCCAGCCCUGCCAGGGGCAGUCAGCAGGGCCAGCGUGGUGGCGGCACCCCUUGUGUGAGUCCCUGCUGCCCGGGGCAGGGGUGCUGCCUGGCCACAGCAGCUCAAUCUCUAGAAAUAGCUUUGUUCUGAGGGCAAAAGGGAUUUUGGCAAAAAAAGGAAAGCAUGUUAGUGCUUGCAGCGCAGGAAUUUGGCCUGUAACAAAUUGGUUUAUUUGAAAUCAAAACAUGGGCUUCUCUUUUUUCUCUUUUUUGUUGGAAGUGCAGAUAAAUGGAGAAAUUCCCUCCUGGAGGUCUGACGUGAAGUAAAGCGUAUGGUCGGAUACUGGGUGCUGGUGGCAGCGGGUGCUCCCAGGCAUACUUGGGGUAGGGUAACUCGGGAUAAAAACCUGCCCUGAAAUACUGGCAUUGCUUACACUCCUAAAUGAGUUUAGCAUUUCAAAUGGAAACAUUUUUAAAGUGAAAUAUUCCAGUUGUUUAUUUCUCUCUGGUGCUUUGCUUAUUUGUGUGCUGCUUUACAUUGAAGAAUGAAAACAAAAGCAGUGAUUUGGGUCAGGAAGAUGCCGUUCCAAUUUGUUAAGAAAAUAAGCACUUUAAAAACGUUUUGAACUCUCACAUUUUGAUGAGGGGCAUUUGGGGCGCUCUGUAACAAUUGCCACCCUCAAAAGCUCUGUUAAAGUCACAGUGAGAGCUUUGUGCUGAUGCCCAGAAGACCAGCAAGCCUUUCUAUACCUCAUUCCUUUGUAAACAAGUAGUCUGGAAGCAGGGGAGAAGAUUAGCCAGAGUGCUAGGAUGGGUAGACCAGAAUUGUCACUAGUUUUAUUCAGGUUUAGGCAUGGAUUUAUUAUGCAGCUUUAAGGAACUCCCAUAACCAAGGCCUGCCUCAGUUUCCUCAUUUGUAAAAGUAAUAGUUAUUGAUUGUAGAGGGAAUACUGUGAAGCCUAAAUAAUUUCUCUUGCUGGUAAGAUCGGAAGCCCUAAACAGAAAGUUGCUUUAAAAGUGCAAAGUACAUAUUGCUAAAUGUCUGUGUGCAACCUGACAUGUAAAGACUUGCAAAGAAUGCUUUGGUUUGUGUAUGUAUUGCAAUAUUUGAACAGAGCACAGCAAGUUAGGGCAGAAACAUCAGGUUCCUGGUAUUUUGUGUUGGAAUCAUAGAAUGAUUUGGGUUGGAAGGGACCUUCAAGAUCAUCCAGUUCCAACCCCCCGCCACGGGCAGGGACACCUUCCACUAGACCAGGUUGCUCAAACUGGCUUUGGACACUUCCAGGGAUGGGGUAUCCACAGGUUCUCUGGGCAACCUGUGCCAGUGUCUCACCACUCUCACAGUAAAGAAUUUCUUCCUAAUGUCUAAUCUAAAUCUACCCUCUUCAGUUCAAAGCCGUUAGCCCUUGUCCUAUUAAUACAUGCCUCUGUAAAUCUGAACUAAAUCUUUAAAGGAAUCUGCCAAAACACGUGGGAGACUGGAGCUAGUGACUUACUCUGAUGAAGGGAGGAAGUGCCACUUUUCCCACCACUGCCAUUGCUCUUGCAGCCCCUGGCCAAGUAGUCUCACUUGACACCUUCUCCACCCUGGUGCUCACCAGAUGCUUCUGUGAGCCCGUUCAAUCUAAAAUCAUGGAAAACUGUGUGGUGACUUACUGGAUUUUUUAAAUGCCAUUUUAGAGAGUUAAAUCAGUGUGUGGAGAGAUGUGUAAAGAGUAGGGAGGCAGGGCCAGGGAGGGAAGGGGAACAGGAUAUGCUUCUGUCUUUGUAAACUGCUAAUCCAGCUCCCCACAUCCCAUAAAAACCUGAACCUUACUUCCCUGUGCUCUCAGGUCUCUGCUUGCUACUCUGCAGGGGAUGGUGAAGUCCAGUGGUUUGAUUUUCCAGACUGAAUGGCUCAGCGACAGUUUUUCCUCUUGGAGAUCAGGCAGUUCUUUGAGGGACUGCAAUAAUAGACCUUCUCAGCCUCGGGUUUAGAGAAUGUGUCCAGCACUGGAUGAGCUUGGCAGGGCUCACACUUUGCUUGUGUCCCCCUUUGCAGGAGCAUCUGCAGCUCUGGGAAGCAGUUAAUGGUUAGUAGCCAGCAAGAGGGGCCAGGGAGAGGGAGUGAGACAGAGGGGACCCUGCAAAAACAAGAAUUACAGUUGUGUUUGGGUUUUAGUUAAUGCCAUUUUGGUGCACGUGGGUUGGGUUUUCAGUAAAGAAGGGAGUAGCUAACCAGUUUCGGAGUGCAGCAAGGUUUUCAGCUGUUUGACAUUCUGUUACCGUCGCUUUUUGGGGUGGCUGAAGGAGACUGUGCUAAAGCUCGCUCUCAAUGUGACUCGAGGCCCUUUCUGUUUACAGAUCGCUAAUUAAACAAGCAACAAUGACAGGCUUAGCUCCAGAAGGGAUGCGGAUAGGUAGGAGCGUUUCUCUUUGCAGCACGUUACCCAGGCAGAGCCGUCUCUCUAGGGAAGAAUGUGCCUCACAGCCAGUCUCGAGAACGGCUGUUGGUCUCCGUGUCCAUGGCAGGGGGAUCCAGGGAAGAGCUGGGCAUGGAUCCGGCUUAGAGACUGGCUGUGUAAUGCUCAAUGCAGACGUUAUCAGCCAGCACUGCGAAGGACAGUAGGCAUGCUUCCACACCUCCCGUCUGUAUCCGUGUUGGAUAGAGCUGUGGUGUUUCCUUAGUGAGUGAAAUCACCCCUUUGUCAUGUCCUACAUGUGAGUUAAUGGUUCUUCGUUCUUUUUUCUUCUUCCCCCCUUAAUUCAGAUGGUGCUGAAACAAGGUUCGCUCCUUGUUGCUCCUUUUGUAGUUCUUUUUAAUUAUUAUUAUUUUUCAUUAACAGCAGGCUAUGUUAGCCUUUACUUUACAGGUACUUGAAUGCCUGAUGACUUGACUGAGUGUUACGCAUGUGGCCUUUUGUAAAGGUUACUGACCUUAAUUUAAUCAGGGGUGAGAUGGAUGGAUGAAUGUGAAUAGAUCCAUGCCAUUAUAACAGAAUAAAAGCAGGGAUUAGAGUUUGGGAGAACUGAUGAAUUUUUAAUUGAAUUUAUUAAAGAAAAAAAAAAAAAGAAAAAGAGAGACAAAAACCUUUCUCAGUUAUAAUUUGAAUGAGAUCUAUUG